AGAGAUGCUGGGGGAAUUACCAGCGGAGAGACACGGGUGGAGAAAUGGAGCGUACUUUUUGGUUAUUGAGGGGGACCUACUCUGACUCCCGCAGGCAGAAGCGGUAGUUCUCUCCCAAGGACAAGCAUAUGUUUCCAAAUUCCACCCUGGGUGGUGGACAUAUCUGGAUAUUAAUUAGCUAAACAUAAAUGAAAAUCGCCUGGAACGACAGCAAGGCAAUCCCGGAAAUAACAGACGUACCCUCAGCCGGUCACGUAGGCUGCGCUACUGGAGCUCUGCGUUCCAGAUAGAAACAUCAUCUCAAGCUUCAGAAUAUCAGAAAACAUUUCAAUAGAAGACAAAUGUGAAAAUAUUUCAAGAAAAACCACGAAUGAAAGAAACUGAGGCAUAUUCGGAGCUAUUCGGACUUUUUAAUAUGAAACUUUCCAACGCUGCGGCACCGCUCCUCUCUCGCAGACUCGGCAGUUGUACUACACACCCUCUCGCACAGUGGCUCUGGUAAAAAAUGAGGCGAGGACGUGGGCUACGUGCACAUCCAGCACUAGACGAGAUGAAAUGGAGAGCUUGGAACACACGGACCUUUUAAAUCCAAGCUCUUCCCACGGACAUCGCAGUUUUUCAGCCUCGCAUGAGAGAGUGACUAACGGUGAACACAUAUUCGGAGCUGCCGAGCAUCACCCUUUCCAGACCAACAUGGGACUAAAUGGACUAAAUAGAUACUGCCCGGGCAUGGCGCCUGUUGGGAGCGCCACGGCUGCGGAGUUACUGUCAGGUAUGGCUUCCAAAGCAAGCUCUUCCGGAAUCAUGGUUUUAAAGAAGCAGCCGAAUGCUGGGCUGCCGUUCUAUAACGGCGGGAUCGUGUCUCCGUCCGCAACCAUUGAGGGCAGCCACAGUGGGGUAUUGGCGCAAACUCCCAACGGUUGUCCUCUGCAAGUGAGGGGGGUGGGGGAGACACCGAAUGGCCUUGCGCAACCUCUCGGAAACAGAGCACGCCUCCUGGAGAAUGGGGACAGAGCACAACAUGAGAAAUGUGCUCUUCUAGUGAAGAGGGCCAAUGGUGACCCGCAGGUCAAACCGCACCAUCGGAAGCGGAGAGGCGGGGAGAACCGGGACAUGGGUCUGGAGAUGCCCAAAGGAUGUGGCUUGUCAGCGGGGUCAGGUCUAGGAUCUCUAGGUAUGAUGUUCUACGGACCAGGAGAGUCGAUAACCCCGGACUGCAAACGGAGACUAGUGGCGGAGAGCGACAUUCACAAAGCAGAGCCCUCCAAACCAGGCAAAGCGGUUCCGCUCGCUGCUAAUGGCGACAACAGCGUCAACAAUAACCUUAGCAACCACAACCACGGCGCCACCCCUCACCCCCCUUUGCCCGCCCCUCACAGCAACAAGCUGCACCACAAUGUACACAAGGUGACACAGCUGAGCACAGGGUCCGUUCCAGACCAGACGUCCCCAGUAGAGUCCAACAGCAUCCCGUCUCUACGGUUACAGGCCGGGGAGGGCUGGUCGGCGGAGCAUAUCGCCCAGAAGUACAUCGUGCCUUGUAUGAAUUCCUACGGUAUCUGUGUGAAGGACAGUUUCCUGGGGCCACGGCUGGGUGAGUCGGUGAUGGGCGAGGUGGAGAGUCUGAAUCGCAGUGGGAAGUUCCGGGGGGGUCAGCUGGUCAGCCAGAGGAGCAUCCCUUCGCGGAGUAUCCGUGGAGACCAGAUCGCUUGGGUGGAGGGGCACGAGCCAGGGUGUGAGGGCAUCGCCACGCUGAUGGCACACAUCGACGAGGCCGUGAUGCACAGCGCUGCCAACGGGCAGCUGGGGGACUGUGUCAUCAACGGGCGCACCAAGGCUAUGGUGGCCUGUUACCCAGGUAACGGCACGGGGUACAUCCGUCACGUGGACAACCCUAACGGUGACGGCCGCUGCAUCACCUGCAUUUACUAUCUCAACAAGAACUGGGAUGUCAAGGUUCAAGGAGGUCUGCUGCAGAUCUAUCCAGAGGGGAAGAGUGUGGUGGCCAACAUAGAACCGCUGUUUGACCGUCUGCUUAUCUUCUGGUCCGACCGCAGGAACCCACACGAGGUUAAGCCAGCCUACGCUACACGCUAUGCCAUCACUGUCUGGUACUUUGAUGCCAAGGAGCGGGCCGAGGCCAAAGAGAAGUACAGAUUGGCAACCGGACAGAAAGGUGUUCAAGUGCCCGUCACUCAAAACAACAAAACCUAAAUCCCGUCCAAUCCCGUCCAACCCCCCCCCCCCCCCCCCCCCCCCCACGAGUGCUUUCUGGAUGUGCAUGUGCCUACCCGCGCUGCUAUUGGACAUUUUAUUCUGAGGGGAGACGCUGUAAACCUAGCAGGCCCUGCCCACUCUGUCUCUUGUCAGUCGUCUGAAACAGCUCUUGAUUGGCUGUGAGGAAAUACGGCAGCAUCUGAUUGGGCGGUUGAGGGAAAGGGGGCGGAGAUGGAACACGGUGGAAUCAGUUGGUGAGAAGAGCGAGGCAGGGUCAGACUAACUCAGGUGGCGUAAGGGCCGAAGAGGAUGAAGAUGACUCAUCUUCAUCAGAGAAGUUUUAAAAAAUAAUUUGAGACAAGAAACCGAUUGGACCGGCUCUUGUUUUUCAGUUUUUGCCCUUUCAAUAAUCAUCGCUGUUUAUAUUAUAAUCAGAAAGCAAUCUUCUCUGCUCAGCUCAGUCAAAAGAUGAGGGCAUUUUGUCCAAUCAGAAAGCAGGCCUAAGGAGACAGGAGCACCCUCUGUAUGGUCGGAGGAAAACGAUUGCAUCCGGUUUUCAGGGGAAAUGGAAAGCGAGCCUGUGACGCGACUUCCACUUUUGGACGUUAGCAAUCUUAACUCCUCCUCCAAAUGUACUAGAUUGGUUCAACAGUGCAGAAGAGAACCUCCCCCAACAUUUUUUUUCUUUCUUCUCUACCAUCAGGUUAGAACAGGACAGUUAGGGAAAUGUGUUUGGAGGUCCUGACCAUCACACACAUCGUGACACAUCCAGCAUGUUGCCUCAGCUACAUCCAGCCAUCAAUCAACAACGCGCCGUUAAAGAGGAAGUGACCUCACAGGAAAUGAUCCUUUACAUAUCAUACAGCAGGGUGGCAUUCAGCUUCUCCCAGCAGUCAUGUUGCUGGAGAAACUGUUAGGGUUAGCCACCUGCCACCAGCGUACAGAGAAGACUGAAGACUCUCUUUAACGCAGAGAAGACUGAAGACUCUCUUUAACGCAGAGAAGACUGAAGACUCUUUAACCUAGAGAAGCAUGAAGACUCUAUUCAACUCGACUUUUAACUCGACUAGUCCAACAGAUAAAGUGCUUUCACGGCCUCCUCAAUAAUGUUUGUUUGUUCGUGCGACAGCCAGUGAGAAUCGAAGGGGUGUGCCAUGUCGGGAACGCAAUGUAACAAUUCCAAGAACGUGUUUUUGUUUGUGAAACGUUUUGAAGGCGGCGCCGACGCAAAGCUCACACAGACACUUCCACAAAAACACUGGAACCUGUGCAAGCCGUCAGUGGGUCGGGUCGAAACAGGGUUUGCUGAAUGUUUCUAGGGUGUAUUUUGUUGACGUGUGUACGACUGUGUGCAUCUGUGUACGUGCGUGAGGGAGUGUAAAGAAGAUGUACUGUACAAGCAAACCUGUUUCUAGUACCUUAGUGGUCCCAAUUGCACCUGUAUGCCCCAACCCUACUGGUACCAAGACUAGAGGCUGCAUCAGCACUAUCAACAUCACCUACAGUGCAUUCUGGUCUACUCACACAUACAAUCGAUUGGACACGGUUUACCACGACAUCUGAAUUUAACCUGACCCCAAACCCUCAGUCAACCUUGUUCAAUUCCACAGAAGCAAACGUUAAUGCACAGGAGGGUCUGUGUGAAAGACCAGAAGUCUCCACAAGAAUAGUAAACAAACAGAAAUUUGACCAACUGGGGACAUUUUGUGAGUCCCCAUAAGUAUAGUUCUACGGGGUUAAGGUUUGAAUUAUGGUUAGGGGUUAAGGUUAGGUUUUGGGGUUAUGGGUUAAGGUUAGGUUUUGGGGUUAGGGGAGGGAAAAUAGGAUUUUGAAAGGGAAUCUGUUUUGUGUCCCCACAAGGCUAGUUAAACAUGACUGUUUGUGCAUGUGUGCACCCUGGCCUUGAAUGGGGGUGAGGAUGCGCUUGACUUUGUGUGUGUGUGUGUGUGUGUGUGUGUGUGUGUGUGUGUGUGUGUGUGUGUGUGUGUGUGUGUGUGUGUGUGUGUGUGUGUGUGUGUGUGUGUGUGUGUGUGUGUGUGUGUGUGUGUGUGUGUGUGUUACAGACUGGGUAAGAGAGAAGUAAAAAAUAUCACUUUUCAGAAAUGCUAUCUGUAAAUGAUAACAAUGGAAAUGUAGAAAAUGCUUUUAUGCUGUGGAUAAUAUGGUUAUUGAGAUGCAAUAGUAACAAACAAUGAGAACAAAAAAAGUUGCCUAAUUUUUUUUCUGAAUUUUGCAGUAUUUAAUUAAAAUGUGUUUUUGUAUAAGAA